AUGGCGCCCACCCUAUGGCAAAAUCCACCAAAGAGGGAUAUGGAUGAGGAAAUUGCAAUUUUGAGAACCAAAUUAACUCCUUCAUCCAAAUUACUCCCAAAACAGACCACAGAAGCUGUUCUUCAUGUGCUGAAGCUCAGAGUCCUGGCCAAACUUCGUCUUUGGGACUCGACUUUGAGAUCAUCCCCACAACCCUCACAAGACGUAAACACAAAUGAGUCCUCGCGCUGUAGGAUUUUUCUUUGGUGUCCAACAAAGGGUUUCAUUGCAAUAAGAAGCAAGGUGUGUCUAAGUUCUUACCCAGAGCCCAAACAAUGCCAGCCUUCCAGACCAGCCCAGGAGUGUGGGGUGGGGAAACAGAGUCAUUAUAGAACAUCUUCAUCCCUCUGCCCAGAGAGCAUCAGAGUUAUCACCGAUGCCCUCCCAAAAGGGCAUCUCGAAGUACAUCUUGCUGCAGAGCCACCUUCAGAACCCAGAAGACUGGGACUAAAAUUGAAGUUCACUGGAAUUUGUGUGCAAGAGAAACCUAAAGGAAUGGAUUGGCUCCUUCUCAGAAGCAUUUGCCUUCUGAUCAUUCUAAUGGUGGUGUUGGAAGUAAACAGUGAAUUUAUUGUUGAGGUGAAAGAAUUGGACAUUGAAAAUGGCACUACAAAAUGGCAAACUGUCAGAAGACAAAAGCGGGAGUGGAUCAAGUUUGCUGCAGCCUGCAGAGAAGGAGAGGACAACUCGAAGAGGAAUCCAAUUGCCAAAAUUCGAUCAGACUGUGAAGCAAACCAGAGGAUUACAUACCGAAUCUCGGGGGUAGGGAUUGAUCGGCCACCUUACGGAGUAUUCACCAUCAAUCCUCGGACUGGGGAAAUUAAUAUCACAUCAGUGGUGGACAGAGAGAUAACUCCACUUUUCUUGAUUUAUUGUCGGGCUCUGAAUUCACGGGGUGAAGAUUUAGAAAGACCUCUUGAGCUUAGAGUCAAAGUUAUGGAUAUAAAUGAUAACCCUCCAGUUUUCACACAACACGUGUACACAGCCAGCGUGGAAGAAAACAGUGAUGCGAAUGUAAUGGUAGUAAAAGUAAGUGCCACAGAUGCCGAUGAAGACAAUCACCUGAAUUCUAAAAUCGCCUACAAGAUCGUCUCCCAGGAGCCUGCAGGGGCACCGAUGUUCAUUCUCAACAGAUACUCUGGAGAAGUCCGCACGAUGUCCAGUUUCCUUGACAGAGAGCAACACAGUAUGUACAACCUCCUUGUGAGAGGCUCAGAUCGCGACGGAGCUGCAGAUGGGCUGUCUUCCGAGUGCGACUGUAGAAUCAAGAUUUUAGACGUCAAUGAUAAUUUCCCCAUUUUAGAGAAAACUUCGUAUUCCGCCAGUAUUGAAGAGAAUUGUUUGAGUUCAGAACUGAUGCGAUUACAAGCAAUUGAUCUCGAUGAAGAAGGCACCGAUAACUGGUUGGCCAAAUACGUCAUUCUUUCUGGAAAUGAUGGGAAUUGGUUCGAUAUUCAAACAGACCCACAAACUAAUGAAGGCAUUGUGAAAGUUGUCAAGAUGCUAGAUUAUGAACAAGUACCGAAUAUUCAUCUGAGUAUUGGAGUUAAAAACCAAGCUGAAUUUCACCACUCAGUUGCUUCUCAAUUCCGAAUGCAUUCAACACCUGUGAGAAUUCAGGUUAUUAAUGUGAGAGAAGGACCCACCUUUGAUCCAAGUAUUAUGACUUUCAGCGUGCGUGAAGGAAUAAAAGGAGACUCUUUACUGAAUUACGUGCUUGGCACAUACACAGCCACAGAUUUGGACACAGGAAACCCUGCAACCAAUGUCAGGUAUAUCCUAGGGCAUGAUGCAGGCAGCUGGUUGAAAGUUAAUUCAAGGACUGGUGAGAUACAAUUUUCCAGGGAGUUUGAUAAGAAGUCAAAAUAUAUUACUGAUGGGAUAUACACAGCAGAGAUCCUGGCUGUAGAUGAUGGCUCAGGGAGAACAGCUACAGGGACCAUAUGUAUCGAGGUUCCUGAUAUCAAUGAUUAUUGUCCAGUCAUUUUUUCUGAAAAAAACACCUGCAUUGCCUCUCCAUCGAUCUUUAUCUUUGUUGAAGAUCAUUCAUAUGGGGCUCCCUUUACCUUCUGUGUUGUUGAUCAGCCACCAGGAACGGAAUACGUAUGGGAUAUCAGAUCAAUAAAUGCUACCUCUGCAUACCUUAUGACUGACCAGACUUUAUCUCCGGGACCGUACCAAGUCCCAGUCCUAGUAAAGGACAGCUAUAAUAGAGCAUGCGAAUUGCCACAGAUGGUGCAGUUCUAUGCCUGUGAUUGUGAAAACAACCAAGUGUGCUCGUCUUCCGGUACUACGGGCAUUUACACUGAGGAUUUCACUUCUGUUACUACUGACAUAUAUGGGCCUGCCACUGAUGACCAAGUUGGAGUUUCAAAUGUUGGUCUCGGGCCAGCAGGGAUUGGCAUGAUUGUUAUGGGCAUCUUACUACUACUUUUAUCUCCACUCUUGCUACUCAUGUGCUGCUGCAAACGAAGACAGCCUGAAGGCCUGGGGACAAGGUUUGCCCCUGUGCCCGAGGGGGGAGAAGGAGUCAUGAGGUCUUGGGGAAUAGAAGGUGCCCAUCCUGAGGACAGGGAUGUGUCAAAUAUAUGUGUACCCAUGACAGCUUCUAAUACCCAGGAUCGUAUUGAUUCCUCUGAAAUCUACACCAACACCUAUGCGGGCGGAGGAACAGUUGAAGGGGGUGUAUCUGGAGUGGAGCUCAACACAGGACUUGGGACAGCAACUGGCCUGGUGGCUGGGGGAGCAGUAGGAGCAGCGAGAAAGAGGAGUUCCACAAUGGGGACCUUGCGGGAAUAUGCAGACACCGGCAUGAACAUGGCUUUCUUGGACAGCUAUUUCUCAGAGAAAGCAUAUGCUUAUGCAGAUGAAGAUGAAGGUCGACCAGCCAAUGACUGCUUGCUCAUUUAUGACCAUGAGGGAGUAGGGUCUCCUGUGGGCUCGAUUGGUUGUUGCAGUUGGAUUGUGGAUGACUUAGAUGAAAGUUGCAUGGAAACAUUAGACCCAAAAUUUAGAACUCUUGCUGAAAUCUGCUUAGACACAGAAAUUGAACCAUUUCCUUCACACCAGGCCUGUAUACCAAUCAGUACUGAUCUCCCUUUGCUUGGACCUAAUUACUUUGUUAAUGAAUCUUCGGGAAUGACUCUUUCAGAGGCUGAAUUUCAAGCUGAAAUGGCAGCAUCUGAACCCGUGCUUCAUGGGGAUAUUAUAGUGACUGAGACUUAUACUACAGAUGAUCAAUGUAUACAACCCACUACAAUUGUUUUUGAUCCUCAGCUUCCACCCAAUGUUGUAGUAACUGAAACAGUCAUGGCACCUGUCUAUGAUCUUCAAGGGAAUAUUUGUGUACCUGCUGAGUUAGCCAACACACAUAACAUAAUCUAUACUGAGAGAGUACUGCCUAGUCCUGGUAUGCCUGACAUGAACAAUAGUUGCAUGACUGAUAGCUGUAUGGGACCUAUGAUGAGUGGCAGUAUUUUGGUAGGCCCAGAAAUUCAAGUGACACAAAUGGUGAGUCCAGACGUUCACAUAAGCCAAGCCAUUGGCUCCACAUCCCCAAUGGCAUCUCGACACAGAGUAACACGAUACAGUAACAUACAUUACUCCCAACAGUAAGUGCUUUGUGUCAGGAUUCUGUAUGAAGCUCGUAAUUUGCAAUUGCCAAUAUAUCCACUAAAAAUACAUAAUGUACUAUACUUAAUGUUUCAACA